AGAUCCCAAGUGCAGCUAAUUACAUUGAGGGAAGAUACUAGUGUCUAUUCGAUUUUUCAAAUCCCAAGGAAAGCUAUUCAUCUUUAGUUGUAAAAAAAUGAAUGAAUGUCAACGUUGUCCAAACAAAGAGUAAAAAACAAGAGGCCCCCGCUUGCUAAUCCUCGUUUGCCUUUGCACUGCCGCUCGUCGUGAUGCUGACCAAGGACGUCCGAUCAUGAUGGGCAAACUACAUAAAUACGAACAGCUCCAAGUGGAAAUAUAAUGCCAACGAGGAACAGGAUGCAGUUAAGGGUUGAAACAUUUCAUUUCAAUUUCUACAUGCUCUCUUCUCUUAAUAUGUUGAUUGCUUCUACUAGUUCAACAUGCUCUCUGUCUCUUCCCUGCUAGCAAGCUAAAAGUGAAAUGUUUCAAGAACCUUCAAGGCAGGUGCUGACAACCGUUUGGGGAACCAGUAGCCGCGAAACGAGCAAGUCUCCUUCCGAGAAGAGGGAGCUUGCACCCUUUGAUGCUGAAGAUGAUGAUAUGCUCAUGCCGUUAGGUGAGCUCCAAGGCAUAGGAAGGAGGCAACCAAGAGAAUUAAGGAAAGAAGAAGAAGACAAAAGGCAAAUUUCUAGAAGCGACCGUAGACUUCUCUUAGACUCAACGCCAUGUUCGUCUUCGUUUCGUGGCAAAAAAUCUUCUUGGCAGUCUUGUAGUUUUCUACUUGUGAAAAACAACCCAAGAGGUAGGACCAUGUGGCCAAGAACAAGGAGAAGGAUGUCAAUUUAAGUAAUCGCGGUUGAUGUAAUGCUCUAAAAAAACAUCAAGGUCAAGGGUACGGGGAAAUUCUACUCCGGUACAAACAGUAUCUCAGAGAUAGAUACGAUUACAAACUGGAAGAGCAGAAUGUGUCGGAUGUGCCGGCUUCUAUUCGAGGAGAUCAUACGAUCAACCACUUUUUUUCCGGGAGUCCCACUUCCCCUAGUUCCGUAGGGACUCCUAGUAGCAGUAACGGUGCGUCUGAAGGGGCAGUGGGAAUUAUGAAGAAAAAUAACGCUGAUGAAACCCAACAUGUUCCGGACCAGGAGCAGAGCCUCGUUACAACAAAUGGCAGAUCAAUAUCAGCAACUACUAGUUGUACUACAUCCGCCAUCGAAAAGGGGGAUAAGAACUUGAUAGCCAUGCUUUUGCAGGAAAAUAGUAUACUGCAGAGGCGUUUGUCAAAGCUAGAGGACGAUGCUGCUGCAGAGGAGCAUGAUAGUAUGGGUCUAGAAUUAUGCCGAAGAUGGAUUUCCAUUUCUUACCCUUGGGUCUAGAAUUACUUAUGCUGAAGAUGGAGUUCUUUUUCUUACCCUUAACUCCUUGUUUAUCUUACUUUAUUUUCUCAUCUUUUGUAUCCAGUUCCCAUUCCCUCAACUCCUUCACCUAAUACUACUACUUACUAAGUAAUGUUGCCUUCAUCUACUUGUAUGUACAAAUAAUCACUUUUUUCACGCGCCUUCGACGCCUCCCACGUGGUGGAUAUAUUUCUGAGCCUCUAAUCUCGAAUUUUUCGCAACGAAUUUCGUGGCUAGUCGGCCUUCUCAUGCUGCAGUCAGCGAGUAGUGCUAUCCUCGCAUCUUUCCACGUUCUAUUGCAGUUUCAUCCCGUUGUCAUCUACUUCCUGACGAUGCUGGUGGGUGCUGGAGGCAACUGUGGAGCGCAAAGCGCGAUGCUUGUCAUUCGGGAGCUAGUCCGACAAAAAACUGUAUGGGGUAUAGGUCUUAGUACAAUAUCAAGAACAUGGGAGACAAUUACGUUGUUGUAACGAAAGCAAAAGCAUGACAGAAGAAGUAGCAGCUGUAGUUACGAGAAGAAAUGUUCCUCAUAGCCGGAGCAGCUGCUUCGUUGUUGAAAGGCGAAGGCCAUACCGAUAUUGUGCUGACCACAAUUUGAAUCUUUUCCUCCACCAGUCAGAGUCACUUAAGUACUUUGCCUAGAGUCUAAAUGACAUUAUGCAUUACUCUACAACUACAAGUGACUUUGCGUAAAAAUUUCAUCUGCAUCUGCGACCGGCGAUAGGAGCCUGACCCUCAAUAAGAGCGGAAAGGUAGUGCCACGGGUAGACCUGCAUCGGAUUUCUCUGCUAGUAAGGCAGCAGGCCUCCAUUGGCCUCAAAAUGGGUCUCAUUUGUGCGGUCGCUGCCUUCGUACGGUGCUGUCUUUUCCACGGAACUUUGGUCGAUGAGGCGUUUGCAAUCGCAGUUAGCAUGUUCUGCAUCGUUUUGACAUCGGCUUUAUGGCAGAGUGUAUAACAUUCAAGUCACUAGAAUAGAGUAGUUUAUAGAACGGAUGUAGGAUGGACUUGGAUGGAUCGGAUGGACCCCCCUGAUUCUUCCGAUCCUACUUGAAAUGGUGGAAAGUCCAUCCGAUCCAUCCGAUCCAUCCCAUCCCGGAUCUGGCACACCUAUAAACUGCUCUACUAGAAGUACUACGAAGAUGAAACGAGCAGGAGGUGUAGUGCUGAAGGAAGAUGAUCAUUCAGAAAGUAAGUAGAUUGAAAUUUUUCAAUCAUUCAUUAGGAGGCGCAGAACGAGGCACCACUAGUUGUAGAAGCAGUACUACUGUUCUAGUUCUUAUUUAAAAACGGCACAGAAAUAGAAAUAUGAAUAUCACUAUCAGCAACAUAGAGUUGUUUCUUGUAUUAGAGGCUGGUGCUGUGUUUGAAUUAUUUUUCUUGGAGGACAUUUUCUACUUGUUCUGUUCGUAGUACGACCAAACGAGCAAGGUCACACUGUGGACGGCGAGUCACUUCCUAUCCUAUCCUAAGCAAGAAGAAGACCCUGCUUCAUGUCCUUGUGUUGGCGCAGCGCUGCCCUUGGGUAUGGCCUAUUACGGGAUCGAUCCAGCCCACGCAGGUGCAGCGAUCCAGGUCAUAAUGGAUAUCACAGGUGUGGCCCUGACGUGCCUGGUGAGCACCAUCAUCCUUUUCGCUCUUGAACGAGAAGACUUCGGAAAAAGCGUCAUCUUAUGACAUCGAACGACUUUCUCUCUUUCUUCUACGUGCUUCUUGUCCACUAUUUGUAUUCUUCAUCUAGUACUAGAACAGGAAGGAUAAUUUACUCGUCUCAUCGCCAAGACCUUCUCUACCACCAACCUCUACUACCUCCUCAACAUGAGUUCUUUAAGUUUCUGAUCAGGAACACCUUCUCUAUGAGUUUAAGUAACUACUUUGCUCGUCUAAUCUAGUCUCCGAUCGUAAAGAAACAUUCACAAGUGACGCUACCUCAUCCGGCUGAGAGCACGGCAACAGCAACACAUGUUGGAGCGGCGCCGGACCAGCCAGGUCGGGCUCUUCUCGCUGCAACAACCGACGAGCUGUAUGAUAGUAAGAAUACACUCGCGACAAGCGCUGGCUCGUCUACUUUAGGCCGACUUCAGCAACCUGGCGGAUCCUCGAGACGAGCUGCAUUUUUACCCGCUGCUAUAUUUGAUCAAACCACCAGGGGGCAUAGAUGAGGGUGCGCCUGUAAUGAUUUUUAGCCGUGGCAUCAAAUAAGUGAGCCUGUAUUUUUAAUUAGCUGUCUGUGGCAAUUCCAUCAAGAUCAAACAGGUUCUACUUCUACUUCUUGGCAAGCCAUCUAGAAGAAGUGUUGGCACUACUGGUACUAGGCGUGCCUCCUGAAGUGGAGAAGUAGGAGGACUUGGAUUUACAACAAGAUCAAGAAUUAUAUCAAAGAAAAGAAUAUAAGAUCGAUGAAAAUAAUGAUCACAGCUUUGAAGAUGUUGAUAUAAACAUAGAGGUCUACAAGCAACUGCAGCAGCUGGUCGUACUCUGUCUGUUGAUGCUGCUCUUCUAUCUUUGCGACUCUUCAUGAAAAAACGCGCUCAUCAAAAUGCAGAAUGAAUUCAAAUUUUGACGAAAGCUCACCAAAUAAAUGAGACAUAU